AUGGCUUUACGAUACUUGGUUUCGGUUUCUUUAGUGGUCGCAGUUGUGGCCGACCAGACCUCUCCUCCCGCUUAUCAUCCACAGCCUUCCUAUGAACAUGAACACGAGCCUGCUGUGCCAGAAUGUGCUGCCAACACAACCAAACCAUGGUGUCUCGAAGAUGACCAUUAUCCCACCUACGAGAUCAAACACGCAGCCGAGUAUCACUACCAGAAGCUCCUCUCCCUCUAUGCUGACGUAGCCGACCUCAACACCGAGCUGUCUGUGGACCGACCAAACACCUUGGAUGAGGAAACUUACUUGUGCCCAUCAGAGACCGCUUACAUCAGGCCCCUUCGUGCACAGAACAUCGAAGGAAAAUGGCGUGUCGUAGUAAACAAUAUCGAUGCCCAUUAUCAGACUUUCACUCAGACUACACGCAUCGAAGAGUGUCUUACUUCCGGCGAUGCAUGUCCUCUGGUGCCUGAGUGCUACGAGUCCAAGUGUCUGCAGAAAUCCAUCUACCACCGCUUCCUUGUGUACGACCCCUAUGAUCAGUACUUCCCCUUCGCCAUCGAGACAUUCAAGCUUCCCGCCAGCUGUGCUUGUCUGUUGGGUGCCUACACCAUCGAUCAUUAG